CCCCGCACCCUCGCGCCCCGCGCCCCCGAGGGCGGAGCGCACCAUGCCUCAGCUGGACUCGGGCGGGGGCGGCGCGGGCGGCGGCGACGACCUCGGCGCGCCCGACGAGCUGCUGGCCUUCCAGGACGAAGGCGAGGAGCAGGACGACAAGAGCCGCGACAGCACCGCGGGGCCCGAGCGUGACCUGGCCGAGCUCAAGUCGUCGCUCGUCAAUGAGUCCGAGGGCGCGGCCGGCGACGCGGGGGUCCCGGGGGCGGGCGCCGGUGCCCGUGGCGAGGCCGAGGUGAGCGCUGAGGCUCUCGGGCGGGAACACACUUCGCAGAGACUUUUCCCCGACAAACUUCCAGAGUCUCUGGAAGACGGCCUGAAGGCCCCGGAGUGCGCCAGCGGCAUGUACAAAGACACCGUCUACUCCGCCUUCAAUCUGCUCAUGCACUACCCACCCCCCUCGGGAGCAGGGCAGCACCCCCAGCCGCAGCCCUCGCUGCACAACAAGGCCAGUCAGCCUUCCCACGGCGUCCCCCAACUCUCUCCUCUCUAUGACCAUUUCAGCAGCCCACACCCCACACCUGCUCCAGCCGACAUCAGCCAGAAGCAAGGAGUUCACAGGCCUCUGCAGACCCCUGACCUCUCUGGCUUCUACUCUCUGACCUCAGGCACCAUGGGACAGCUCCCGCACACUGUGAGCUGGUUCACCCAUCCACCCCUGAUGCUAGGUUCCGGUGUACCUGGUCACCCCGCAGCCAUCCCCCACCCAGCCAUUGUGCCCCCUUCAGGGAAGCAGGAGCUGCAGCCCUAUGACCGCAGCCUGAAGACGCAGGCAGAAUCCAAGGCAGAGAAGGAAGCCAAGAAGCCAACCAUCAAGAAGCCUCUAAACGCCUUCAUGCUGUACAUGAAGGAGAUGCGAGCAAAGGUCAUCGCAGAAUGCACACUCAAGGAGAGCGCUGCCAUCAACCAGAUCCUGGGCCGUAGGUGGCACGCACUGUCCCGGGAAGAGCAAGCCAAGUAUUAUGAGCUGGCCCGCAAGGAGAGGCAGCUGCACAUGCAGCUCUACCCAGGCUGGUCGGCGCGGGACAACUACGGGAAGAAGAAGAGGCGGUCACGGGAAAAGCACCAAGAAUCCAACACAGGAGGAAAAAGAAAUGCAUUCGGUACUUACCCGGAGAAGGCCGCUGCCCCAGCCCCAUUCCUUCCGAUGACAGUGCUCUAGGCUGCCCCGGGUCCCCAGCUCCCCAGGACUCGCCCUCAUACCUCCUGCUGCCCCACUUCCCCACAGAACUGCUUGCUAGCCCUGCGGAACCGGCGCCUACAUCACCAGGUCUCUCAGCCACUCCCAGCCUCCCAGCCCCCUGGGCCCCCUCAGGCUCCUCACAGCAACCUGCAGAGUACACAGGUACAGCAAUAGGAAUCUCAGAGACAGGCAGCCUAGCAUGCACAGGACACAUGGCUUCCUCCAGGGGCCCACCCUCUGAGAGGAGACGACAGAGCCCCAAAGCACGUGGAAACCGGCCAGGGGCCCUGUUGGCUCCCUCUCAGAGUCCAGGCCCUGGAGAUUUCAGAGGCUGCACAUCUUCUGCCUGAACAUGGGGCCAUCAAUUCAAACUGCUCCAAGUGGUGGGAAUUAGAUCUGCAUUGUGUCAUUUGAUUAAGGGCAUCCCCUCAUGCCUAUGGCAGACUGGAUCUAUUCUUUUUACCAUCUGUCUUGCUAGCCAGAUGCCCCUCCCUGCCUCCCUUGCUUUUCUGCUAUAGGUCAUAGAUGGACUGGACUGAGCCCAACUGCUUUUCCUACUUCCCCCAGCCAACCCCACCACUGCCACACCCUCCCUAUACCAGAUACUUCAUGGACCAAGAACAAGCUGGUUUACGAAACAAUAUGUAAGCAUGGUCACAACCACAAAGCUCAAGACAACUGUGCUUCUCUCUUAAGGGCCUAGAGAAGCCCUGUUUACAGAAAACCAGCUGCUAUCUGUAAGCUGGACCAAAGGAAGCUUCUUGCCACGUUCUCAGAGGAGUGAAUGGAAUAGGUUAAAUAUAGGCCUGUCACCCUAGCCAACAGGAAUAACCUGACACUACCUUAAAGGCAAGUGUGGGUGGUGAGGGUAUGUGGCUCUAGUUCAAAUUACUCGGAAAUGUUUCCUAAGGAACUCAACCACCUAAGAAGCCCUGAUACCAAAUGCCUCAGUCACUAGUGGCUGCAGUCAACGGUUCAAGUAAGUCAUGGCUCACAAUCCAGUGUGCAUCCCUACGCGCUCUUGAGAGCCUUUUUCACAGAUCCAGUUCCAGCCUAUCCACAUCAUUCUAGCCAGCUCUCAGACAGUUGUAAGAGGGCAAACCAAACCUCAGGACAGCCAGUGCCUAUCUUCCAGCAUGAAAGUAGGCCAGCUUCAGUUUCCCUAUGGGGCUGCAGGAAGAAAGACUAUUACAACCAAAGCAAGGAGCCCAGAAAACCUCUAGUGGUGGACAUUGGGUUUGCACCACAGCCUACUUUAACCCAUUUCUGAGCCAAGCUUCAACCCUGAGCCUUAAAAAACGAAUCUUUUUUUAAUUUAACUUAGUUGGGUUUUUUGCCUCCUCUUCACUGUACAUAGCCUGAGUCCAAAGAGAAAGGGCUAUCCCCGUACCCACACACACCCUCAACAAAAGCCUUUAGUUCCUACUUUAGCCACUGGCUUCUCAGAAUCCAAAGAUCAUAUGUUCUGGUGUAGUGUUGCAAGAAGUCUUGAGAGAAAAAAGGACCAUUGUAGUAUUCAAAAUAUUUUUGUAUUGUUAAUGCAUAUCACAGAAAAACUUUUCUGAUAUGAGAAUAAAGAUACUUUUUACUGGGUUUCUUUUUCAAA